AAUCGCACCCCUAACUCUGAUAUCUUUUUUUUUCUCUCUCACACACAUCGUCGUUUCUCUUUCGCGAUAAAACCCUAGAUUUCAAGAAGCAUGGCUGAGGAAAAUGUUAAUGAACAAGAGACAGAAGUGAUGCCCGAGAACUCUGUUCCCUUGGAGGUUCAAGUGCCUGAGAAUGAGAAUGAACAAGGUGAUGCUGAUGCGGUGGAAACUGAAGUUACAGAGAAGGAACAAGGCAAUACUUUUGCGGAUGUCCCUUUAGAAAAGAGAUGGCCUGGAUGGCCAGGAGAGAAUGUGUUUAGGAUACUGGUUCCUGUUCAAAAAGUCGGGAGCAUAAUCGGUCGCAAGGGAGAGUACAUAAAGAAAACCUGUGAAGAAACAAAGGCCCGCAUCAAGAUUCUAGACGGUCCUCCUGGCACUAUGGAAAGAUGUGUCUUGAUCUCUGCAAAGGAGGAACCUGAUUUGGCUAUUCCACCUGCAAUGGAUGGUUUACUCAAGGUUCAUCAAAGAAUACUUGAUGAUCUUGCCGAUCCUGCUCGUGCACCACCACCUGGAGGAACCAUUUGCACCAGGCUGCUUUUGGCUGCUACACAAGCUGGAAACUUGAUAGGCAAGCAGGGUGCCACCAUAAAGACUGUACAGGAUUCUUCAAAUUGUAUAAUACGAGUACUUAGAGAAGAUAACCUCCCAAUUUUUGCUUUACCUGAUGAUAAUGUUGUGGAGGUACAAGGGGAACCUUCAGGUGUACACAAGGGUGUUGAAUUGAUUGCCACACAUCUAAGAAAGUUUCUGGUCGAUCGCAGUGUUGUUGGGAUAUUUGAGAAACAAAUGCAAAUGGCAAAUGCAAGGCCAAACCAAGAGAUGGCUGCUCCCCAACCCUGGGGACCACCACCUCAAAGUUUUUCCUUAAAUGCAAGUGUUGGGCCCGGAUUCAGACCUUCUCAAUAUAUGCCCCCUCAACAUCAGUACGGCUAUGACUAUCUUCCACCAGUGGGGGCAAUGGAUAAGCAGCUUCGUCAACCUCCAUCUUCAUAUGCUAGAGAUCAGCCUGUCGGACCACCUCCAACUGCAAGCAUACAACCACAACAGUCAAUGGUCACCAAGGUCUCACAGAACAUGCAAGUUCCGCUUACAUACGCAGAUGCUGUAAUUGGGACAGCCGGAACCAAUAUCAGCUAUAUCCGACGUACCAGUGGUGCUACUAUUGCUGUACAAGAAUCAAGGGGAAAUCCUGAUGAAAUGACAGUUGAGAUGAGUGGAACAGCUUCACAAGUUCAGACUGCUCAGCAGUUAAUACAGAAUUUCAUUGCUGAAGCCGCUACAGCAGCCCAGAACCAAACUGGGCCACCUGCUAGUCAAGGAUAUAACCCUUAUCCUGGUCAAGUUCCUAGCUACCCAUCUCAGCCGGCUCCACCUGGCCAUGCACCAGCCGCUGGUGACUAUAGCAAUGCUGUUUACGGAGGAAGUUAUGGCUACUAGAGAUGCUUAAAAUGUUUAAUGAUUGCUAGAUGUUUUAGAAGAAUUGGUAGAAUGUUGUAUUCAAGAUACUUUCCGUUAGAGAUUUUUGGGUGCUUUAUUAAUUGAUAUACUGAAUACAAAA